GCUUAUAUUUUGAAAACACCUUGAAUAAUCUAUACUCGUACCAUAUUGCAGAACUUUACAACAUGAAAUCUCUGUCUGAGUGGACCUGUAUCUGGUGGCUAUGACUAUUUUUCCUGGAUAUACCUCUUAUGUUCCAUUGGAGCACUGAAGCUCUCCAGGGCUGUUGUCAGUAUAGAAGUCACUCUGUCUAUUCAUAUUUCCUUGAAGAGUUUAGAUUCUGCUAGCAAUGAGUUCCCAAAGCCAUCCAGAUGGACUUUCUGGCAGGGACCAGCCAGUAGAACUGCUAAAUCCAACCAGAGUUAAUCAUAUGCCAAGUUCAGUUGAUGUGACCACAACACUACCCUUGCAAGUUGCACCAUCUGUAGUUCCUAUGGAUCUCCGCUUGGACCAUCAGUUCUCCAUCCCAGUGGCUGAGCCUACAUUGCGUGAACAGCAGCUCCAGCAGGAGCUGCUGGCCCUCAAACAAAAACAGCAGAUCCAGAGACAGAUCCUCAUAGCAGAAUUCCAGAGACAACAUGAACAGCUCUCUCGUCAGCAUGAAGCUCAGCUGCAUGAACACAUAAAGCAACAGCAGGAGAUUCUUGCCAUGAAACAUCAGCAGGAACUCAUGGAACACCAGAGAAAACUAGAACAACAUCGGCAGGAGCAAGAGUUAGAGAAACAGCAUAGAGAACAGAAACUGCAGCAGCUUAAAAAUAAAGAGAAAGGGAAAGAAAGCAGACAUCUCUUUGAUGAUUCCUUGAAUACAGUAUUGAUGGAGAUUAAGAAAAAGGCUCUCUCCAAUCCUGUAAAAAUGGAGGAUGAAAAGCUCAAAACAAGCCAUAUCCUUUUGUUCCAAGCUCAAGCAACACCAGGCACUGCAGUGCCCCAGCAAAAAGUCUAUCUUGGUGCCGUGGCAAGCACAGAAGUAAAAAUGAAAUUACAAGAGUUUGUCUUAAAUAAAAAAAAAGCUUUGGCACAGCGGAAUCUAAACCAUUGCAUUUCAAAUGACCCUCGCUUUUGGUAUGGGAAAACACAACAUAGUUCUCUAGAUCAGAGUUCCCCACCACAAAGUGGAGUAUCAGGCAAUUACAAUCACCCCGUACUAGGGAUGUAUGAUUCCAAAGAUGAUUUUCCACUUAGAAAAACAGCAUCUGAACCUAAUCUGAAAUUGCGAUCCAGAUUGAAGCAGAAGGUUGCUGAAAGGCGCAGUAGCCCCUUAUUACGAAGAAAAGAUGGUCCUGUAGUUACAGCUCUGAAAAAGCGUCCCUUAGAUGUCACAGAUUCAGCAUGCAACAGUGCUCCUGGAUCUGGCCCUAGUUCUCCAAACAAUAGUUCCAGUAAUAUAAGUGCUGAGAAUGGAAUUACUCAAUCAGUUGCAAAUAUUCAGGCAGAGACCAAUCUAGCUCAUAGACUUGUGAAUCAUGAAGGCUCAGUAACACAACUUCCAUUGUACACAUCUCCCUCCUUGCCCAAUAUAACGUUAGGACUUCCUGCUACUGCCCCAUCCAGUGGUGGAUCAGGACAGCAGGACACUGAAAGACUUACUAUUCCCUCAUUACAACAACGAAUCUCCAUAUUUCCUGGCACUCAUAUUACUCCUUAUCUGAGCAGCACUGCAGUGGACAGGGAUGGGGGAAAUGCACAUAAUCCUCUUCUUCAACACAUGGUUUUACUGGAACAGCCAGCGGCACAAAAUUCCUUAGUCCCAGACUGGUAUCUUUCAGGACUAGGGGCACUCCCCCUCCAUGCGCAGUCCCUUGUGGGUGCAGACCGGCUCUCUCCCUCAAUACAUAAACUACGACAACACCGCCCUCUGGGGCGCACACAGUCUGCUCCUCUUCCCCAGAAUGCACAGGCCCUCCAGCAAUUAGUGAUCCAACAACAGCAUCAGCAGUUCCUGGAAAAACACAAACAGCAAUUUCAGCAGCAGCAGCUGCACAUUAACAAGAUGAUACCAAAAUCAAAUGAGUCUUCCCGCCAGCAUGAAAGCCAUCCUGAAGAGACUGAAGAAGAAUUACGAGAACACCAAGCGUUUUUAGAAGACCCAUAUAUCGACAGGACAUCAAACCAAAAGGACGUUCAGGGGUUGACCAGUAUGGUCCAAGUGAAGCAAGAGCCUGUGGAGAGUGAUGAAGAUGGAGAGUUGCAACCAGAACUAGAGCCAGGGCAGAGGCAAGCUGAGCAGGAGUUACUCUUCAGACAGCAGGCCCUUUUGCUAGAGCAGCAGCGCAUUCACCAGCUGAGGAACUACCAGGCAUCCAUGGAAGCUGCUGGUAUCCCGGUCUCCUUUGGAGGGCAUCGGCCACUUUCUCGAGCCCAGUCAUCACCUGCUUCUGCCAAUUUCCCCAUGUCUGUACAGGAGCCACCCUGCAAGCCACAGUUCACAACAGGCCUUGUUUAUGACACCUUGAUGCUGAAACACCAGUGUACCUGUGGAAAUACAAACAGUCAUCCAGAACAUGCAGGAAGAAUCCAAAGCAUUUGGUCGCGACUUCAGGAAACAGGCCUUCGUAGCAAGUGUGAGUGUAUACGUGGAAGAAAAGCAACUCUAGAAGAGCUACAGACUGUUCAUUCAGAAGCCCACACACUACUUUAUGGCACCAAUCCUCUGAACAGACAGAAAUUGGACAGCAAGAAACUCUUAGGCUCUUUGACGUCAGUGUUCGUCAGGCUUCCUUGUGGUGGUGUUGGAGUUGACAGUGAUACAAUUUGGAACGAAGUACAUUCGUUUAGUGCUGCUCGUCUUGCUGUUGGUUGUGUUAUAGAGCUUGUUUUUAAAGUGGCUACAGGAGAACUGAAGAAUGGAUUUGCUGUCGUUCGACCUCCUGGUCACCAUGCAGAAGAAAGUACACCCAUGGGCUUUUGUUAUUUUAACUCGGUAGCGAUUUCAGCCAAGCUUCUCCAGCAGAGAUUGAAUGUGAACAAAAUACUUAUAGUGGACUGGGAUGUGCACCAUGGAAAUGGUACUCAGCAGGCUUUCUACAGUGAUCCUAAUGUUCUUUAUAUUUCACUACAUCGGUAUGAUGAUGGAAACUUCUUCCCAGGCAGUGGUGCUCCUGAUGAGGUUGGCAUUGGACCUGGUGUUGGUUUCAAUGUUAAUAUGGCAUUUACUGGUGGCCUUGAUCUGCCAAUGGGAGACACAGAAUACUUGACUGCUUUCAGAACAGUAGUAAUGCCUAUUGCUAAUGAGUUUGCUCCAGAUGUUGUGCUGGUAUCAUCGGGCUUUGAUGCAGUUGAAGGUCAUCCUGCACCACUUGGAGGAUAUAAUCUAUCAGCCAAAUGCUUUGGGUACCUGACAAAACAGCUCAUGGGUCUGGCUGGAGGAAGAAUCAUUCUGGCCCUAGAAGGAGGCCAUGACCUGACCGCCAUUUGUGAUGCUUCUGAAGCAUGUGUUUCUGCUUUGCUUGGAAAUGAGCUUGAUCCUAUUCCUGAAAAGAUCUUACAGCAAAGGGCAAAUGCAAAUGCAGUGCAUUCUAUUGAAAAGGUCAUUGAAAUUCACAGUAAGUACUGGAACUCUCUCCAGCGUUAUGCUUCAACAGUCAGCUAUUCUUUGAUAGAGGCACAGAAAUGUGAGAAUGAAGAAGCAGAAACAGUAACAGCUAUGGCAUCCUUGUCGGUGGGAGUCAAGCCACCACCUGACAAAAAGCCAGAUGAAGAGCCCAUGGAAGAGGACCCUCCCCUGUAGCUUACAUCUAUAAGACUGGAGUUCUCUUGUCCGUUCGUCUCGUCUUGAAGCUCUGCCAAGAAGCUUUCUCUUGUUACUCCUGCAUCCUGUCAUAGUUUUCUUCCAGAAUACAGAAAGGCAGCCAUGCGUGAAAGAAAGCUAAAUCUCUCCAUAUCUGUACAGAAUAUGUUUGUGGGAAAGAAAAAUGCAGGUGAAGAGCAGAAAUAUGAAAGACAUAAGCACUGAGCAUUCUUCCUCUUUUCCUAAAUGGAACCUGUGAGAGGCAAGAAGCCGGUGAAGUAUUUGGCAGAAUUGCCAAUAUCUUUUUUAACAACUAAAAAAAUCAAAGAUUUAACACAGACAUGACAACUUACAUUUAAAACUGGUGCUUAAAGUUUGAUUACCCUCCGUUCAGACCACUCAAACCACAUUGUAGUUUUGUUUAUAUUUUAUUUUUGUGGCUGUUGCCUACCUGUGAUACAAACACUCUCUUCAAAACCCAAACAAUAUGAGAAGGUUUUUUUUUUCUUCGUAUGAAGGGUGGAAAGAACUAAGCUUUUUAUACUUAUCUAUCUACAUGCAGACAGAGUAUGCAUGUGGAGGGGAAGAACAUAAAACAAGAUAGCCCAGAAAGGGGAUCGGCUUUAGCAUCUCCAAAGCCAUCUGAAGAGUUUGUGCCUUUUAUAAACAUAGAUUGGAUUGAUUUUCGGGCAGCUGGAUAUUUCUGACGUUUUGAGGAACAAUGCCUUAAAGAAAAGAACUCUGCAGCAGUUCCUCUGGCACGGUAGGCCAAGAACUGCAGUCAACAAAAAAGGCUCUAGGAUUCCUGCUAGCAUGAUUCCUUAAAGCAAGCAAUGGCCAGAGCAUCUCCAAAACCGUCUGCAAGUUUGGAAUUUUUUUUUUUCUGUUACUGCUGUUUAAAAUAAAAAUUAAGGUAGUUGCCAGUAAUGUGGCAAAUACUGUUGGGUUUGCAAAAUUCAGCUCUUUUUAAAAAUCCAACAUCUCCUAUACAUUACGUAUAUCCAUUUAAACUAUGAAUUUGGUUGUAAAGCAUGCAUCCGACACAACUGCAGUUUUUAAAAAAAUUGGAAUGCUUUUUAUUAAAAGCAACUAGCAUGAGAUAUUGCUUAAUAUUUUAGGUAUAAAUAUAUAUAUGUAUAAUGUAUAUUCCAAAUGUAUUCCAAGC